GCAUUAGUUGCUAUCGCACGCCAUCUUUUUUACCAAUUAAAUAAAUAAAUAAAAAGAAUUACCAACCAGCUAGGUUAAUAACCUUUAAACGAUUUACAAAACCUGUAAUUUAGUGAUAAAAAUUUAUGAUUUCUGAUGUGAUUUUUCCUUAACAAGUUUAAUUUGUUUUGUAUUGUGUGAGAUAAUGACGCGGGAAAUUCCGGUGGUUUUUUUGUUUUUAUAUAUGUCCGUGAUAACAAAUGGCCAAUACGAAGGUGAUGUAUGUACAAAAAAUGGCGCUAGAGGUACCUGCGUCGUGUUAGACAAAUGCCAGUCUGCAAUCAAUGGUAUUAGGAAUAGAAUACCGCCGCAGAUAUGUUCUUUCCGAGGUAUGGACCCAAUAGUAUGUUGUUUGGAUGGGGCGCCGGCGUCGACCUCUGCACCACCCGUCCUCACAACGUCCACUAAGAAACCAAGAGUCACCACGGAAUAUGUACCGCCAUCUUACGACUAUGUGUUCAAUGACCCCACUUUAGCGGGAAGUGGGGAAUGCGAGGCGAUACCGGCUAAUCUUACAUCGCCAAAAACUGGACAAAAGGCUUGGGACAAAUGUAUAGAAUAUCAGGAGAAACUAGUAUAUCCUUGUGUGAAAGGUAACUCACUAUCUGGUGAGAAGGGGCGCACGUAUCGUUGCAACCAUAGAACUGAUCAGCUUGUGGUGGGAGGAGUGAACGCUGGUGAUAAAGAAUUCCCGCACAUGGCACUUCUCGGCUUCGGUAGCGUGAAUUCAAUCGAGUGGCAAUGUGGUGGUUCUGUUAUUAGUGAACGCUUCAUCUUAACAGCGGGACAUUGCACUUCAAGCAGACAGUUUGGUACAGUGACUUACGCUUUAGUUGGAAUCCUGAGUAAGACUGAACACGUGGACGCAUCUCAACGUUACAAGAUAAAAAAUAUCAUAAAGCAUCCAGAAUAUAAGCCACCGAUGAGAUAUAAUGAUAUCGCAUUACUGGAAACUGAACCUCAAAUGACAUUAAGUGACAAAGUGGUACCAGCUUGUCUGCAUGUAGAUAUGUCAGAGCGAGACGAGCGCGCGCUCGCAUCUGGUUGGGGCGCGACUCAGAACAGAGGGUCCAGUGCUGAUAUCUUACAGAAGGUGAUAUUGAACAAAUUCUCGGAAUUUGAAUGCGCCAUAUUGUUCCCGCCAACACGUCUUAUGUUGAACGGCUUCAAUGGUAACACACAAAUAUGUUACGGAGACAAAGAAAAAUCUAAAGAUACGUGUCAGGGUGACAGUGGCGGUCCUUUACAGUUGAAGAAUCAAAAAAUACAUUGCAUGUAUACAUUAGUAGGUGUGACAUCUUUUGGCAGAGCUUGUGGCUUUGUAGGAGAACCUGGAAUAUACACAAAGGUUUCAGCUUAUGUACCAUGGAUUGAGAGCAUUGUUUGGCCAUAAAUCGUAGUAAGAUUUUGUAGGUUAAGUUCUCUUCCAUUUUCGUGAGCACAAGUUUAGAGACAGCUUUUAAUGCAAAAAAAAUAAAAACAUCAAAUUGUUACGAAAUGUAGAACAUAGUCUGGAAGAACAUAUAG